CCAUGUGAUGUCCAACCAAGUGUCCAACAAUACUUUAAUGUUGUUUUGCUAAUUGAUUUACGUACCUAUAAAAAAUAUAAUAAAUUGUUAUAUUAUGUGUUACCGGCAUGCUAUCAACUUCGAAGAUCUGAAAUAAAUUUUCUAUCUUUGAAAAUGUCCGGGAAAGGAUCUUUUCAGAGUCCAUACAAUGAUUAUACCAAUAGUACAUCAAAUAAUAUUUUGAAUGACUCUAAAGAUGGUAUUUCAGAAGUUCUUCAGAAUAAAUUGAUAAAUUUUAAGGCAACCAAAAUAGAAGAUCUUCUAUCUAAGCACAGAAAAGAUAUAUUUUAUGAUGGGACUGUUUAUACUGGUUCUGCUGGACUAGCACUUUACUAUUUGACAUAUUCUUCUGCAAGCAAAAAUGAAGUUAGUCAUGAAAACUUGCAGAGAGCACUCAACUAUGUUGAUAUUGAAAAUCUUAGAGGUCGCCGAAUCAGUUUUUUGUGUGGUGAUGCAGGUCCAUUGGCUAUAGCUUUGGUUAUCUCAUAUAAACUGGGAACCAGGCGCCCUAAUAAUUUACCAGAUUAUAAAGAUUUGGCUCAAAGGGUCAUGGACUUAAUUUCACUUCUUGAUGAUUCUCCUGAUGAAAUUUUAUAUGGAAAAGCGGGCUAUUUAUAUGCACUUCUAUUUGUGAACAAGCAUAUAAGUGGAAAGGAUGUCAUUUCUUCAAGCCAUAUUGAAAAAGUAACAAGUGCAAUUAUAACUUCAGGAAAACGUUUCUCCGCACAUAUGAAGUCAGAAAGUCCAUUGCUUUGGCAAUGGCAUGAUAAAAUUUAUCUUGGCGCUGCUCAUGGAAUGGCAGGAAUACUUUUCAUGUUAUUACAGGCGAGGAGUUACAUAAAACUCAGUGAACUGCGAAGUUUCAUAAAACCAGCAAUAGAUUGGUUGAUCAGUCGUCGUUUUUCAAGCGGUAACUUUCCAUCAUCUGUUGGCAGCAGUUCUGGGGACAGACUGGUUCAAUGGUGCCACGGUGCUCCAGGAUUUGUACCUUUGUGUAUUGCAGCAUAUCAGACAUUUGAAGAUGAGAAGUACUUGAAAAUAGCUUCUCAGUGUGGAGAAGUGAUUUGGCAGAGAGGGCUGUGUACAAAAGGAUACAGUCUAUGUCAUGGCGUUAGUGGAAACGCAUAUGCUUUCCUUCAAUUGUAUCAAAUUACCAAGAAACCCGUUCAUCUGUACCGCGCUUGCUGCUUUAUGGAGUGGUGUGCAGUAGAGAGGCAAGGCACUGAGCUGCACCACCCUGAUAGACCGGCGUCCUUAUUCGAAGGGUUGUUGGGACGAAUAUUUUUAUCAGAAGAUAUUAUUCGACCAUUGGAUUCCAAAUUUCCAGCUUUUUGUUUAUAAAUCAACAUUACUGUUUUUGAAAACAAAAUAAAAUAAAAUAAUAUAAUAUA